ACAUAAGGGCCCGAACAAGCAAGUAAAAAAAUAUACGCAAAAACUGUAUCAAACAGUAGUUACAAAACUCUAGACAUAAACGAAUCCUCAUAAUAAUAUCCCAAGGUUUGAGGCAAAAGACAACACAUGGCGGCAUCAAAAACAUCUGUUUUCAUCGUUUUCGUUCUUUAUCUCUCAUGCACAUUGUUGGUGAGCCUUUCUGGAACUCAAGCGCGUAGAUCAUGCAGGGUUGCAGCUGACUGUUUGGUGCUGUGUCGACGUCAAAUUGAGGGAUGUGUGGACGGAAAGUGCGUUUGUGAAUGGGGAAAACCGCCGGAGACUGAGCUGACCAAGACGAUACGGUGCAAGAAGGACAGUGAAUGUCCCGAUUCUCGUGAGUGCCCUAAAGACUACUAUUAUUCUUGUCUUCAUGGAGAAUGUACUUGCAUUGCUGUUUAAACCGAUGAUCUAUCAUAUCAUAAAAUAAUAAAAUCUAAAUUGUUUAAUUAAAAAAAAUCUUCGAUAAUUUAUUUCCUCCCUAUUAGUGAAAAACAAUCUCAAAAGGGUAAUUAAAAU